AUGUCUUCGAAACGCCCGAAACACCGUGACCCUCGGUUUGGGGAUGCGUUUGGAGAGUAUUCCGCAGACUAUUUUCGACAAAACUACGAGUUUCUAGCUGGUACAAGAUCUGAAGAGCUUGAGAUGGUCAAGAAUGAUUUGAAAAAGGCCAGAAAGCUGCUAGCUAGCAGUCCAGUGCAUCUAAGGGAGGACAGGCAUGCAGAAGUGGAGAGAUUAGAACGCACAACGAAACGGAUUGAAAGUGCAAUCGAGAGGAGCAAGCGAGAAGCGUUUGAGAGAGAAGUGAUGACCAAGGUGAAGCGCGAGGAGAAGACCAAGCGAGCUGCCGGGAAGAAGGACUGGUAUCUCAAGAAAGGUGAUGAGAAGAGGGUUAAAUUACAGGCCCGUUUCGAGAGCAUGGAGUUCUCGUCGAUCUCUACGUUCCCCGAAAAUGCUCUGCGACAAGACCACGCUUCUAUUCAAAUCAGCGUUGCUGAUGUUGAUGCUGAGGGAAAGGCACUGUCGACAGUCACAACCUUUGCGCUAUGUGGACAAGUUCGUGCUGACGGCGAGGCCGACGACAGUUUGAACCGCUUAGCGACUAAAUCAGGAUGUGAUGCUGAAGAACGUCUGGUCGUAUCAGAAAUAGAAUUGCUUUUGUUAUCCUGUACACUGCCCUAUCGACCCUCGUUUUGGAGGACGGAACCUACAGCACCUCAAGUAUCAGAGGCGGAGACGGUCAAGAAUGUCAAAUCUUCUGCAAAGGCUCCUCCGACCGCUGUCGGCUCUGGUGCAGGUCGCGUAGGCAAUCGAGCCCAACCUAUCCCCGUCCCAGCUCCAACAACAACCACAAACGCACUAUUCCAAAGACAAAAUCAAUCCUCUGGGUCAUUCAACGUCGUACGGAGCGGGAGUGGUAUACCAACCUCACAAGACUCUCGCAACGCUGUUUCCACGACGGGUCAUGCCAAUAGCACAUCCACCCAGAGCGCUCAAACCCCAACACAGUUACAUUCAAAUUCCCAAUCCAAGUCUAUUUCCAUGCCCGUUGCUCCCGUAUCUCAUUACCACCGCGCUUCAGUAAACAGCCUGAAUUCAGUUGAUACAGCCAGUACCUCACACUCAUCUUUUGAACGCAUCUCCGCUGAUAACUUGCAACACUCUUGGGGGAGCGCUACACUCAGCACUGCACCAAGCUCGACUGUACCUAAGAGCACUGAGAGUUUGGUUCGCAUCCCCGCUGCUGCGUCUAUCACUGAGUCUAAAGGGCGUGAGGCUGUUUCAACCUCGGAGAAGAACUUGAUUACCUCUGGGAGAUUUCCUCUAGUCGAAUCGGACGGUCAGAAAAUUUCUGCUACCAUCGCGACUUCGCAUAUGCAGACGCAAGGCGACCUGGCGUCAAACGCAUUGCCUUUACCAAACUCUGAAUACGAGGCUCCCGCUCGCGUACGUUCCUUGCGGCGGAGCAAAGGCAACAUUGUCGAGACUAGCAACCCUAUAAGUUCGAUUCGAAUCGCUACCUCAAAAUCUGGUCGCGAGAGCCCCGCCCCAACCUCCUCCGCCCACAACCCCCCAACUCCUCCCAAGUCCCAGGAGCAUCACCGUUCCAAGUCUGACAUGCCAUCCACUCAAGAAAUUGCCUACGUUCAAUCUACCCAUCGUCAAGACCAAGGAGAGCACCACCCAAAGUCCAAGCUACUAGCUCGCGUCAUGUCGACCUCUUCGACGACAAAGCAGUCGUCCAAUUCGUCUUCCACCCCUUCCACCCGGCCAAUGUCCACCAUCACCACGCCCGCGCCUCGUGGUCAUUCGAAAACGCAGUCGGCCAACCCAGACCUUCAGAGAUUGUUGCAAACUACUAUCUCUCACAAUACCUCAAAUGGCAAUUCGUCAGCCUCGCCGGCCGUCGACCAGUCGCGGCUAUUCCCUUCGAUACAAUCCCCUCGCCAAUCCACGAAUGAAGGCCCUGCUACCUCAUGGACGUCAACGAAAUCUCCGACAAUGACGUCUGCUCCUACUUAUUCGUCCUUAACAUCUACAGUGAUGUCACCUCACUUAUCUGCCGUGGCUAGCCCUCGCACGCUUGUUUCCAGCUCUCAGCACCCAAGCGAUCCUGCUCCGAUUACGCCGUCGCAACAUAGACACAAUUAUGCCACACCCUCCACAGGCUCCGUCGUCGGACGAGGUGUUUAUGUUGAGGAAGACUAUGAGUCGUCCCUGGGAACGACAACCACGACUCCCAGCUCACCCGCGUCCAAGACUGUUCUCGCCCUCUUCUCCUCCCUCACCUCCCGACAUCAUCACUCUUCAAAGUCUCAUCCCGCUCGGUCCUCCUCUCUGUCAAACCCACCGAUCACCGCAACGGAGGUUACCAGUCCUCGCUUAGCCGCUGCUGCUGCAGGCAUACUUUCCCCUCCUCCCCUUCCACCUCAGUCCACUCGGCCGGAUUUACCCAUGUCAGCACUUGGACAAGGGCAAAUUCAGGGGCAGCAGUCAAUGCAUUUCAACCCAACCUCUCCUCGUCACAAUUCGACCGAAUUCACGAAGACUGGCGUAUCACGAACUGCGGUCGAGUCUCGUCGAGAUCCCGUCUCAGAAAUGAAGUCACCUCUCCGUUCACAGCCUUCUACACUCCAAAGCUAUGGACUAGAGAGCUCAACCGCUACGCCCACGUCCCCUGCAAUCUUUGCCCAGCAAGCGCUGGGCGCGGCCCUUGACAGCCCCCGCACUCUAAUGAGUGACUCUGAAUACACUGUCACCACUGUUUCCGUGACCCGAGCUACCUAUGUAUCGGGUCAUCAGGUGCCAGUAGUAUCGAGCCCUGCUCCGCUUGAAAGGAGGAGCUCAAGUUCAUACAGACGGGAAGGGGCCAGCUCGACGCCUCCUCACUCAGUUCCUACUGCUCCUAUGCUCCAGAAUCAACCAACAGGAGGAAGCAGCUGGCUGCCCGGGAUGUUCCGCUCACGAUCGCCUCGCCCAUUCCCCACCAUGGAACGCUCCUCCUCCCCACGACCGCCAACGCCCUCCAAAACCCCUCCACCUCGUGCUGCGACCUCCUCUCCUCGUCGCUUCAACUUCUCUUUCCCUAUCAACCUCCGCCACAAGGGCAAGGACUCGAUGUCAAAAGUAUCAGUCGAGGCAGUCAUUGGUGGGAGCAAGUUUGGAUCUGGUGGCGAGUUUGCCAUGUCUAGCGAAGGAUCCUUACUUCCAAGUAGGACUCCAGAUCCUCAGAGCGAGUAUUCCAGUGGUAACGGUCUGGGCGGGAACAACAGGAAGUCGCGGCUGAUGAUGGCUAGCCGCAGGAGACAGAGGAGCGAGGAUGAAACAGAGACAGAUGGAGAGAACGAUGUAGAACAUAGUGACGAGCCACCGCUCGAGGCUCGUAUGCAUGCAGUUCACCAAUGGAGUCUGGUCACAGAACAGAGUCACAAGUCGAGUGGAAAGAGUAGACGAUUCCGACCGGGUGUUGCAUUUGAUUUGCCACAUAGCGACAGCGAUAAAGAUGAUACCGGUAUGACCGCCGUCAGCGUAGCCCCUGCAGGGGGAAGGCCGCUUCGACAUGAUCGCUCUUAUCAACAAUUUUCGGAUGCUGAAGCAUUCGUGUAUUAA